AUGACCAUCGGCUUCUACGUGCGCGCCUUCGCCAUGUACGUCAUCCCGAUCUCCCUGACGCCACUGCUGUGGCAACGCUCGGCCGAAAGCCACUGCACUUUCAUCGUCCUCUACGUACUCUUGCUCUGGCUCUUCCAGUCCAUUCCACCAGCCAUCGUAUCGUUCCUCCCAAUAAUUCUGGCGCCAGCGUUUCUCAACUACUCAACGUCAGACCUUCUGGAGUACUACACCUCCGAGACGAUGCUGUUGUAUAUCGGGUACGCUCUCAUAGUGCACGGUGUCGAAGCGACCAAUCUUCACAAGCGAGUCAUCUUGACGUCCCUGCUGGUGUUCGGCGGCAAGUCGGGCUUCAUCAUCGGUGGCUUCGUCAUCACCACCAUACUUGUCUCGAUGUGGACGAACGCCGUGCGCACCGCCGCCAUCGUGUUGCCCAUCGCGAUGGAAGCGCUGCAGCACAUCCAGGACAACCGGCUGUUCCACGUGCUCGAGUUAAGGACGCGCUACAUGCGCCGCACCGCGGGCAUCGGUACGCCCAUCAUGGAGGCGCGCUACCUCAUCGAAGGUGGUGUCGUCAUGCCGGACGUGAUACACAUCCUGAGCGAGUUCUUCACCGUCAAGAAAGGCCUGCUCAUCGGCAUCUCGUACUCCGCCGUUCUGGGCAGCAUGGGCUCCGUGGUAGGCUGCGGCGGCAACCUGUUCGUCAAGGCAUUCAUGGAGCAGAUGUACAACUACCGCCGCAUCACCAUCUACCAGUGGGUUCAGUCGCACCUACCGCUGACAGUGCUCUGCUCGUUCCUGCUGUGGUUCGUGCUCUCCGUGUGCUACGCGAGCGACGUGGUGUCCAGCGACCACAUCUCCAAGCGGGCUUUCGAGGACAUCAUCUACCGGCACUUCGCCGAGCUGGGAGCCGUCAGCUUUACCGAGAUGGCGACCAUCAUCACCUUCCUCUGCAUGGCCGUUGCCAUCGUUGGCUCGCACCACUACGCCGAGGCGCUCAACAUCGAGGCCGCGGAGUCAACCUUCAACGAGACGGCGUGCGUGUUCUUCUUGGCUUUCGUUCUGCACGCUUUGCCCAGCAUCUACUACCACCGAAGAGGCCGAUCACGUCGCCGCUUCCAUAGCCAGAUGGCACAGCAUGCUGUCAAAAAGAUAUCGUGGGCCUUCGUCAUCACCAUGGGUGCUGGUGUGUGCGUGGCCAAGCUCAUCGUGCACUACAAGCUGCAACAGAACUUCGACGGGCUGCUGCCGAGCAGCGCAACCACGUCUGCUUUCUAUGUGCAGCUGCUUGUCGCGUUCGUCGCCCUGGUGCUGGCCGAGAUCAACAACUCGUUGAACAACAUCGUGAUCUUCGCGCCUCUCAUCUGCCACGUUUCGGACGCGCUUAAGGUGCACCCGCUGUACCUGCUCAUGCCGUUCACCUUCUGCUGUUACUUCGGCUUCAUGGCGUCCACUGCGACGCCGGUCAGCGAGUACGUCACCGACUAUGGAGACUUGCUCGAGGACGAGUUCAUACUGCCUGGCAUCGCCAUGAAGGUUGGCUGCGCACUGAUCGUGCUUCUGGCGUACAACACCUGGUGUUGGGAUUAUCUGUAUCUCAAGGAGCCGAUCAAGCCGCUUACUAAGCGGAACCAAACGGCCCCGAAGUCGCCGACGAGCCGCAUGAUGACACGCAUGGGCUCAUCUUAACUCUCUCCAGUUCAACCCGUAUACUGCGGUAUUUAUUUGCGUAGAUUAGGACGACGUGUCUAAUAUGCAUAGCAUACGCUGUCUUUAACUUA